GAAAAAUCAGCCUUAAGGGAUAGUCCCAAUGUAAAAUUAAAUGUUAUACAUACAUACAUUUAGAAGCUGGUAGAAGUCAUUAAGAAAGGCUUAGAAAAUCAUUAUUAAUUGGUGAAGCAACAAACAUUGUAAUAUAUAAACGAAAGUUAUUGUUAACAAUUGGAAAUCCUAUAUUCCAUUGUUAUGGAUAUGGUGAUCACAAAUUUACAACAACAGCGUCAAAUUACGGAGCAGCUACGUCGUGAAGCUGCUUUGAAACGAAUCACAGUUAGUAAAGCUGUAGAGGAUAUCAUGAAGUACAUUACAGAACAUGAACAAGAAGAUUGUCUGCUAGUUGGUUUUUCAUCACAAAAAUCUAAUCCCUUUCGUGAAAAAAGUUCCUGUACCGUUUUUUAAAUUAGCAUGCCUAAAAUAAAAGUAAAAACAAGUUAGUUUCUUCAUUAAAUUUUUAAAAUUUUUAAUAUAAUUGUUUAACAUUGGUAUUAUAAAAGCAGGAAAUUGUCAGUUACGUAUGUAUGUAUAUAAUUAAUGUUCUUUUUCUAAAGACGUAAUCAAAUUUUAAUCUAACUUUGUAAAACUAUAAUCACCUAAUUGUUCUUAUUAAAUAGGCAAACAGUUAAACGAAGAUUAAUUGUAUAUUUAAAGAAUUUCAUACAAAUAUUUCACUAUUUUGUUAUUGUGAUUUUAUUGGCCUAUAAAAUUUGUAUAUUAAUAAACAAAUGUUAAAUAUUUCAAGUGCCUUUACGAACAAAUAAAUGUAUGUUAGGUGAUAUAUGAGUAAGAGUAUAAUUAUAAAAUUUAUUAUUGUAAUAAAAUAAAAUGAUUUUGCAAAUAUAAA